AUGUCGGGUCUGAAUCCUCGAGUCAAUGAAGCAGCGGGAUAGUUACGUUACAAAAUAAACAAAUAUCCUCUCGUGAAUCCAUUAAUCUCCACUCUUUGAAUCAUGAUCUAAAGCUGAAAGCUACUAUCCAAACACUUUCACGUUACUUCUCCAUUUCUUUUAUUUCCAUUUUCCAAGACACUCUCACUUUGAAGCUACCUAUGCAUGACUCUUAAAUGAUCCACCAUAAUCUUCAUCAGAUGAAGCUUCUUGAUUCCUCAAGGUUGGAAAUGCCCCCAGGAGUCAGCGUUUUCCUCCAACCCAUUUUCACUCACGGGUUCUCUUGUUCACUGCACCUGGUCUUGCUGCUCGUGUUACUGGUAACAUGGGCAUGUCAGAAAGCCAAGGGAGGCCGUAGGGAAAGUGAAGAAAAAGGAGUUUAUAAUGCUGGGGUUUUGUACUCCAAACUGGCUCUUAUCUGUUGUUUAGUUGUUUGUGCUUUUAACAUUGUGUUGUGCUUACUGAACUACUUUUUCUGGUUCAAGAACGGUAGCUCGGAAGAAAUUGUUAUUAUCUUGGAUUUUGUGAUGAAAACUGCUGCCUGGGGUGCUCUCUGUGUUUAUUUGCGUUAUAGAUUCUCCAGUUCAGGGGAGCAAGACUUUCCCAGAUUCUUAAGAAUUUGGAGCUGGGCCUGCUCCUUUGUUUUCUGUUCUUGCGUUGUAAUAGACUUUGUGCUCUAUAGAGAACAUGUUUUCCUCCCAAUAAUAUACCUUGUUUCUGACAUCGGUUCCACUCUCUCGGGUCUGUUUCUCUGUUAUGUGGAAUUUUCAGCAAACAGAGAGGCAAAACUUGCCCUUCUUGAAGAACCCCUUUUGACUGGUGAUUCUAGGGAAAGUAACAGUUAUGAGUCCUAUAAGAACACCUCCUAUUCAAAAGCUGGAUUUUUAAGUAUUGUUACUUUUUCAUGGAUGAGUCCUCUAAUUGCUGUUGGAAAUAAGAAGACUUUAGGCCUUGAGGACCUCCCUUUGCUCUCUAGCCAUGAUAGUGUAUAUGGGACGUUCCCAACUUUUAGAAACAACCUUGAAUCAGAGUGUAGCGAUGAUCUUAGAAGAGUGACCACACUCAAGCUGGCGAAGGCUUUAUUCUUCUCAACAUGGAAAGGAAUUCUUUUAUCAGCUUUAUUUGCAUUCUUAUUCACAAGUGCCUCUUAUGUUGGUCCCUUUCUGAUUGACAUCUUUGUUGAAUACCUUGAUGGGCAAGAAAGGUUUAAAAAUGAGGGUUAUGUUUUGGCAAUGGCAUUUUUAGGCGGAAAGCUUGUGGAGUGCCUUUCACAGAGGCACUGGAUGUUUAGGUUCCAGCAAGUUGGGGUUAGGUUUCAAUCAAUGUUGGUGGCAAUGAUCUACACUAAAGGAUUGACCCUUUCAUGUCAGUCAAAGGAAGGUCGAACUAGUGGGGAGAUUAUCAACUUAAUGACUGUUGAUGCUGCUAGGGUGGGUGAGUUUUGCUGGUACAUGCAUGAUCCAUGGAUGGCUGUUCUGCAAGUAACUUUAGCUUUGGUUAUUCUAUAUAGAAGUGUUGGGAUUGCUUCAAUAGCUGCUUUUGCUUCUACUGUUUUGAUGAUGUUGGCAAACUUGCCAUUGGGGUCACUGCAAGAGAAGUUUCAGAGGAAGUUAAUGGAGUCAAAAGACACAAGAAUGAAGGUCACCUCUGAGAUUUUAAAGAACAUGAGGAUUCUAAAGCUGCAAGCAUGGGAGAUGAAGUUUCUGUCAAGAGUUAUUGAGAUUAGGAACACUGAGACAGGAUGGCUAAAGAAAUUUUUAUUCAGCACAGGAAUGACAAGAUUCCUCUUCUCUUCUGCCCCAACUUUCAUUGCUAUGGUUACUUUUGGUACUUGUAUUCUCAUAGGAAUCCCACUUGACUCAGGGAAGAUCUUAGCUGCACUGGCCACAUUCAGAAUUCUGCAGCAGCCCAUAUACAACCUUCCUGACACAAUCUCAAUGAUAGCACAAACUAAGGUUUCCCUCGAUAGGAUUGCAUCGUUCCUUUGUCUUGAAGAUCUGCAUUCUGAUGUUGUAGAGAGGCUUCCUAGGGGUAGUACUGAUACAGCAAUUGAGAUAGUGGGUGGGAAUUUCUCUUGGGAUUUAUCUUCACCUGUUCCUACCUUGCAAAAUAUAAACAUGAACAUAGUCCAUGGCUUCAAGGUUGCAGUUUGUGGUACUGUUGGUUCUGGAAAGUCAAGUUUACUCUCUUGUAUACUAGGAGAAGUAUCAAAGCUCUCUGGGACAUUGAAGGUGUGUGGGACAAAGGCUUAUGUUGCUCAGUCCCCAUGGAUACAAGGUGGCAAGAUAGAAGAGAACAUACUAUUUGGGAAAGAGAUGGAUAGAGAAAAAUAUGAGAAGGUUUUAGAAGCUUGUUCCUUGAAAAGAGACCUGGAAAUUCUUCCCUUCGGUGAUCAAACUGUUAUUGGAGAGAGAGGUAUCAAUCUGAGUGGUGGGCAGAAGCAAAGAGUACAAAUAGCUCGCGCUCUAUACCAAGACGCUGAUGUAUAUCUGCUUGAUGAUCCUUUUAGUGCUGUAGAUGCCCAUACAGGAUCCCACAUCUUUAAGGAAUGUUUGCUUGGCCUUUUGAGUUCAAAAACAGUGUUAUAUGUGACUCAUCAAGUAGAGUUCUUACCUGAUGCUGAUCUAAUAUUGGUCAUGAGAGAUGGAAAGAUAACUCAAUCAGGGAAGUACAAUGACAUACUCAACUCAGGCACUGAUUUUAUGGAGCUUGUAGGUGCACAUAGAGAAGCCUUGUCUGCAAUUAAGUCAUUAGAGAGAAAACCCACCUCUAAAGAAAUUAAUUCCACUGUGAAUGAGACAGACACCUUAAGUAAAUUUGGACUUGAGGAAAAUGUUGAAAACAAAGAUGUUCAAAAGGAAGAUGAUAAAGGUGGGUCAAAAGGCCAGCUUGUUCAAGAAGAAGAAAGAGAAAAGGGCAGAGUUGGGUUUGAAGUUUAUUGGAAAUUCAUCACAACAGCAUAUGGAGGGGCUCUUGUACCCUUCAUAUUACUAUUGCAAGUGCUUUUUCAGGUUUUUCAAAUUGGAAGCAAUUAUUGGAUGGCAUGGGCAGCUCCUGUAUCAGCAACUAUGGAGCCUCCUGUUGGGAGCUUUACACUUUUGCUUGUCUAUGUUGCUUUAGCCAUUGGAAGUUCUUUUUGCAACCUUGCUAGAACAAUGCUUCUUCUCAUAGCUGGAUAUAAGACAGCCACUAUACUCUUCAAUAAAUUGCAUAUGUGCUUCUUCCGAGCCCCUAUGUCAUUUUUUGAUUCUACACCAAGUGGACGAAUCCUAAACAGAGCUUCCACGGACCAAAGUACUGUAGAUAUGAGCAUUCCACUUUUAGUUGGAGCAGUUGCCUUUUCUCUUAUUCAACUUUUGGGAAAUAUUGCUGUGAUAUCUCAAAUUGCGUGGCAAGUUUUUUUAGUAUUUAUUCCUGUGGUUGCAGCUUGCAUAUGGUACCAGCGAUAUUACUCAGAAUCAGCACGAGAAUUGUCCCGUUUAGUUGGUAUAUGUGAAGCUCCAAUCAUACAACAUUUUUCUGAAACCAUUUCUGGAUUAAUGACCAUCAGAUGUUUUGACCAAGAAGCAAGAUUUCAGGAGACAAACAUGAAACUGAUAGACAGAUAUUCCAAGCCCAAGUUAUACAAUACCACUGCAAUGGAAUGGCUGUGCUUCCGAUUGGAUAUGUUAUCUUCUAUAACAUUUGCCUUCAGUUUGGUUUUCUUGAUAUCUUUUCCAAAUGCAAUUGGUGUUCCUGGCAUUGCUGGCUUGGCUGUGACAUAUGGGUUUAAUCUAAACAUGGUGCAAGCUGGAUUGAUUUGGAUGCUUUGCAAUAUGGAGAACAAAAUUAUAUCAGUGGAAAGAAUAUUUCAGUAUACUAACAUCCCAAGUGAGCCCCCUCUUGUGAUAGAAGAAAACAGACCAGAUCGUUCAUGGCCGUCAUCUGGGGAGGUUCAUAUCCAGGAUUUGCAGGUUCGAUAUGCGCCUCACUUGCCUCUUGUGUUGCGAGGUCUUACUUGCACUUUCAAUGCUGGAGGAAAAACGGGCAUUGUAGGGAGAACUGGAAGUGGAAAAUCAACUCUAGUACAGACACUAUUCAGACUUAUUGAACCUACAUAUGGUCGGAUACUAAUAGAUGGCAUUGGUAUCGCUUCAAUUGGGCUUCAUGAUUUACGAUCUAGACUAAGCAUUAUUCCUCAAGAUCCAACUAUGUUUCAAGGCACUGUAAGAAGUAAUCUAGACCCACUUGAAGAGUACACUGAUGAACAGAUUUGGGAGGCUUUAGAUAUGUGCCAACUUGGAGAUGAAGUCCGGAAGAAGGAAGGAAAGCUUGAUUCCAUUGUUACUGAGAAUGGAGAAAAUUGGAGCAUGGGUCAGAGACAACUCGUCUGCCUCGGCCGUAUUCUACUUAAAAGGAGCAAGAUUUUGGUGCUUGAUGAAGCAACUGCAUCAGUCGAUACUGCUACAGAUAACAUUAUUCAGCAAACCUUGAAGCACCAUUUCUCAGAAUGUACAGUUAUAACCAUUGCACACAGAAUAACUUCUAUUCUUGAUAGUGGCAUGGUUUUGGUUUUGAACCAAGGGCUUAUUGAGGAAUAUGAUUCACCAAAAAGAUUGCUGAAGAACAAAUAUUCAUCUCUUGCUCAGCUAGUUGCAGAGUACACUCGCAGGUCGGACUCAGGCUUUGAAACUUAGAUGAGAAAAAUGCGUAGAUCCGGUGUAUCACUUCAUCUGUACACUAACUAAUCGUGACACCUCACAGAGCUGAUAAAAAAUAUUAAAAUACUUUUACAUUAGACUGUAGUUACUUUUCCAAAAAAGAAUAAUAUAAAUUAAAUAAAUUAUAAAUUAAAUGAAUACCAAGUAAGUGGAAGCUCGGAUUAAAAUUUUGUGAGGUCGUAUGUUCUGAUUGGUCAGUGCGCAGAUGAGAUGGCGCAUUGGGUUUGUCUAAAAAUUUUCCCUUAGCUGAUAAAUAAUGAAGAAACUAUUUUUGGAUCAAAUCUUUUCUUGAUGGUGAUCAAGAUGAAGUAUUGAUAGCUAUACCAAAGGAAAAAGAAAAAAGAAAAAAAAAAAAAGAUGAAGUCAUAUUUCUACCU